ACCUUGGGGACGUAGCACUGCGGCAGGAAGAUGCGCGUGGACGUAUGGGUUUCCGGUUCCGGGGUUACAGCGCAAGGGCCUCGAGUCAGGAAGAGGCAGCAGCGCAUGGUGCGGAGUGGCCGUCGUUCCUUCCCUCCUGGCGUGGCGCCAGGCCCGGAGCGCGGCAGGAGGAGCCUUCUGCAGCGCCCGGUACAGACUGAACUGCUAAAGCACAAAGCAGUAUCAAGAUGCCUAUAGUGAAGGCAGGGGGUGGAUCAGUCCGUAAAACAAAGAAAAUUUCUGUGAAAACUUCUUUAAAUAACCCAUAUGUUAUCACAUGGCGUACUCUAGAGGGAGAAGAUGUACACUUUAUACUACAGACCUUGGAAGAAAGGAUUAAACACACUGGACUUAAAAAGAUUGAAGUUGCAAGCAGGAAAAAAAGUUCUAAUGCAAUAAAACAAGCGAAAAAACCCUGUGAUACUAGUGCUAGUGAACUUCUAAAGGAGAAAGAACAGGAAGGCACUCAGCAAGGGUGGACUGACUUAAAUAUCAGGAAGCAGCUUGCUAUUGGAGUUAAUGAAGUCACAAGAGCUUUGGAAAAAAAUGAACUUCUUUUAGUGCUGGUCUGUAAAUCUGCAAAACCUGCUCUGAUCACUUCGCACCUUAUUCAGCUGAGUGCAAGUCGAGCAGUUCCAGCUGGCCAGGUCCCACGUCUUAGUGAAAGCAUAGCACCUGUUCUUGGUUUAAGCUCUGUUCUAGCACUGGGCUUCAAAAGGAACUCUGACAGCUUUACUGAAGUAGUAGAAGCUAUAAUUGCCAGGAUUCCUACCUUGGAUGUACCAUGGAUUCACCAUGGAAAUGAGCAGUCUGUGCCAGAUGCAAAUAGUGGUUCUCUGGAAAUACAAGCUUCUGAGCUUAUGGACACUUCAGUGGAGGAGUUCUCCCUAAGCCAAAAGCGGAAGCAUACUGAAAGUUAUACACCAGAUGCACCAUCUGUAACUUUACAAACCCUCAAAGUUAAAAAGCUUGUUCCAAAUCCAAGUAAGAUAAGGAAACCCCCCAGAAAGAAAAAACGCAUUUCAAAAUAAAAUAACUCUUUCAGGUUCUUUCAUUAAGGGUGAAGUGACUUUAUUUUUUAAUGCAAUGUGAGAAACUGCUGUCUGUAACUAAUACCCUAACAAUUUAAUUAAACUUAAAGAUAGCAAGCCAUUUGACCAAUGCAAAAUGAGAUCAACUACUGUAUUUACACAGUUGUAAGACUUUUUUCCUAUUUAGAAAUUAAAUUGUAAAUCUGUGUAAAUAGUGACUUCUAAUUAGUGUUUGGAAAGCUUGGGUUUAAGGAUGACUAUUAUUAAGUACUUAAAAUAAGAGAGACAGUUUUGUACAAGACAUGCAUUGUAACAAGUGGCAUGCAAAAUUAAUAUUUUAAGGAAGUAAUAUAGUUUGAACAGAAACUAUGGCAUUAAAUGUUACUAUUCAAACAAAGGAAUAUCAAAUUUGAAGUUUAUUCAAACAUCCAUGCUGGUAUGAACUUCUUGUUUUCAAUUUGCUUAUUUGUUCAAUGCUGGUUUCAAGCAAAUAUCUGUAACUGGUAGUGUACACAGACUUCCCUAGAUUUGUUCUGGUCAAGUAUUGCAUGCAAAAUUGGAUUUUAUAUAUAUUUGGCUUCUGAUGUGCUAAAUGAAAACCAUGUAUUUCUCAUACACAGACCAAGAUAAAAUACUGCUUUGUUGCAGGAAAAUGCAUUUUAAAAGACUUAUGUAUGCAAGCCACAACAUUCUCUCACAUAGAGCUACAUGCUAAAUGGAAAUUAAGCAAAUGUCCAAAUUUAUUUCUCACAGGGAGUAUCUAGAAAUUAUUUCCAGAAAAUUCAAUGUAUGAAGUAAAUGUG